AUGUCGCUAAUAUCAGUCAGAGAAGUUCGGGGAGUGGUUGUGAUCGUUAUGAGGCUCAAAAAAACAGAAAACAGUGACAGAAGUGAUCACAUUUGCCACGGGCGAAAUGCUUUCAUCUUAGUAUUUCUGACCAUCAAUUUUGGAGUGUUUCGAACUGUCUACGAAGAUUAUGUGGCUUUGCAUGCAGAUAUGCAUGAAGAACUCCAAUAUUUAAACAAUACUCGAAAGAGUAAUCCUCAGGUGCUAUUUUUCAACCGUGUCUCAAAGACUGGUUCCACGAGCAUGAUCGAAGCCUUGAAGAAUCUUCAAGGGCCCAACAAUUUUCAAAUGAAUGCCUACAAGCUUUUGCCUGAUGGAUCUGAUACUGAAACUAGAACCAUGGGAAUAAUAGAGCAAGGCCGUGUGGUGGCUGACCUUUCCAAUGAGACCAAUGAGAACCAAGCCUAUUUUCGACAUUUCCACUUCAUCAACUUCGCCACCUUCAAUCGAACUAAUCCGAUCUACUUUAACAUGGUUCGCCAUCCUAUUGCUCGUUUGGAAUCUUGGUUCUAUUAUGUUCGACAAUCCACAUAUGCCGGCCUUUCUGGAAAAGACGGGGUCCCCCUAAGACGUUUGAAGGUUACUUUGGACGAAUGUAUAGUGAAAAAUAUUCGAGGAUGUGGAAUCCCUCUAAAUCAUACGUUGGAGAGCUUCCUUACCGAUUUAAUGAACUCAAGAAAAGACGAUUUGAGAACAAGAAGGAGCAAAUAUUCCAAAUUGUCUGUGGCUCGACUAGUGGUGGAGAAUCUUGAUCCUGACCAAGGUGACGAAGAGCCUUCGCGACCCCAAGAUACAGUGUCCUCUCAAAUCCAAUAUUUCUGUGGAUAUUCGCCGGAAUGUUUUGCACACGACCCCAAAAUGGCUUUGCGGAAAGCCAUGCACAACGUGGACAACUAUUUCAGCGUUGUUGGAGUCUUGGAGGAGCUCGAGACCACUUACACAGUUUUGGAACAAUAUAUUCCACAGUAUUUUCAAGGCAUUAAAGCCUUGUCCAAACGGGUAUCAAACAAGACGUUCCACAAGCCCAAAUUGUCAACCAAGGCCAAAGAUAUUCUAAUCGAUUUUCUCAGAGCCGAAAUAAUCUUCUACGACUUUUGCGUACAACGGUUACACAAGCAACAUAAAGCAUUAUAUUUCAACUCUGUGAUAUGA